AUGACCUCCUUGGGGUACUCACUUGACAAAGUCUCCUGGAUUUGUGGAGGAGAACUUGAUCUUGGUUCUUCUUGCAUUCAAAGAAUCAUCUUAGAUGUCACAAACGUGUUAUUCCUUUGUCUUUUUUACUUUCUUUUGCUGCUUUCAGUCAAUAAAUCUCACAUGGGGGAGAGCAAUAGGAAGGACUUGAUGCCUAUACAUGUUUCAAUAUGUUCUGCUUUUAUCAGCUUAGUCUAUUUCGGCACUGCUUUAUGGGAUAUUAUAAUCAGAGAUGAGGGAUUGAAUGAUUUGGAGUGGUUGGUUUACCUUGUUAGAGGAGUAAUUUGGAUGUCUGUGUCAGUUUCCUUACGUGUUCGAACAUCGAAAUCGAUCAAAAUUGUCAUCUCUGUCUGGUGGAAGUCUUUCUCUUUACUGGUUUCAGCUAUUAACAUUAGACUUCUGUUUCAAACUCAUAAUCUUCCAUUUUUUGACUUAAUUCAAUGGCCAGUAAACAUCAUGCUCCUCGUUUUUGGAUUUAGAAACUUGAUUAGUUCUUCAGAUACUAAAUGUAGUGAAGACCAUCAGGUUCUAUAUGAACCUCUAUUUAAGGCAAAGAAAGCUCAAGUAGGCAUAGGGAGAGCUAGCUUCUUGAGCAAACUAAAUUUUUCUUGGAUUAAUCCCUUGUUUUCUUUAGGCCAUUCAAAGCUAUUAACUCUUGAAGGUAUCUCUUCUUUAGUUGAUGAAGAUGAAGCCAGCUUGGCCCAUGAAAGAUUUGCUCAAGCAUGGGAAUCCCUUGUGAGAGGGAACAGCUUGAGCAACUCAAAAAACUUGGUUCUUCGGGCCUUAGCAAAAGUGUAUUUCAAAGAAAACGUAUUGAUAGGUAUCUGUGCUUUCCUAAGGAUAGUUUGUGUAGUAUCUUUGCCUCUAUUACUCUAUGCUUUUGUAGACUAUUCAAACCAUAGUGAGGAGAAUAGGUAUGAAGGUCUCACCAUAUUGGGAUGUCUAGUCAUUUGCAAAGUAGUCGAAUCGUUGUCUCAGAGGCGUUGGUUCUUUAGUUCUAGGAGGUCCGGAAUGAGGAUGAGAUCAGCUUUGAUGGCCGCGGUUUAUUGAAAACAGUUGAAUCUUUCAUGCAUUGGAAGGAGAAGGCAUUCAACUGGAGAGAUUGUGAAUAAUAUUGCAGUAGAUGCCUACAGACUAGGGGAGUUUCCUUGGUGGCUUCAUUCAGCAUGGAGUCUUGUACUGCAACUUUUUAUGUCCAUUGGAAUACUUUUCUAUGUUGUCGGACUCGGUGCUCUUCCUGGUUUAGUCCCUUUGCUCAUUUGUGGAGUCCUCAAUGUGCCAUUUGCAAAUGUACUACAAAAGUGCCAAUCUCAAUUCAUGGUUGCUCAAGAUGAGAGACUAAGACUCACAUCAGAGGUCCUAAACAAUAUGAAAAUCAUAAAGUUGCAGUCUUGGGAAGAGGAAUUCAAGAACAUGAUUGAAACCCGACGUGAAAAUGAAUUCAAAUGGCUGGCAAAAGAACAGAUAAGCAAAGCUUAUGGUACUGUUCUAUUUUGGAUAAGCCCCACCAUCAUUUCUUCAGUUAUCUUCCUGGGGUGUGCCUAUCUGGGGAGUGCACCGUUGAAUGCUAGCACCAUUUUCACAGUUCUUGGAACACUGAGAAGCAUGGGGGAACCGGUCACAAUGAUACCGGGAGCUCUUUCGGUUAUGAUGCAAGUCAAAGUCUCUACUGAAAGGAUCAAUGCAUUCCUGCUUGGUGAUGAACUGAAUAGUGAAGAACCAUUAAUUUCAAUGCAGAGUUCUGAUAAAAGUGUUGUAAUACAGGCAGGCAACUUUAGUUGGGACACUGAAUUAACAGUUGCAACUCUUAGAGAUGUCAACCUGGAAAUAAAAAAGGGACAGAAAAUUGCAGUUUGUGGACCAGUAGGAGCUGGGAAAUCAUCAAUCUUGCAUGUGAUGCUUGGAGAAAUACCGAAAAUUUUAGGAACUGUGUAUGUAACUCGAUCCAUAGCGUAUGUUUCUCAAACAUCUUGGAUCCAGAGUGGGACUAUUCGAGACAACAUACUCUAUGGAAAGCCAAUGGAUGAGGAAAGAUACAAAAGGGCUAUUAAGUCAUGUGCACUAGAUAAGGACAUUGAUAACUUUGCUCAUGGUGAUCUCACGGAAAUAGGUCAGAGAGGGAUCAACAUGAGUGGAGGACAGAAGCAAAGGAUUCAACUCGCUCGAGCUGUCUACAAUGAUGCCGAUAUCUAUCUUCUUGAUGAUCCUUUCAGUGCCGUAGAUGCCCAAACAGCUGCGGUUCUAUUCAAUGUUCUAUAAUUGCAGGACUGUGUAAUGGCUGCACUAAGAAACAAAACUGUCAUCCUUGUAACUCAUCAAGUGGAGUUUCUCUCCGAAAUUGAUACAAUUCUGGUAAAAGUCUUCAUGGAUGGUGGCAGUAUUACUCAAAUAGGAAGCUAUACGGAACUAUUGAUGUCGGGGACGGCAUUUGAGGAGCUUGUCAAUGCUCACAGAGAUGCAAUGGCAAUAGUGGAUCCUUUGAGUAAUGAAAACAAAGAACAACAACAAGGCACAGACACCCUUCAGGCUGAGGAGUACAAUAAGUGUUACUCUACUCAACAGAAAAGUGAGGGGGAGAUUUCUGCUUUGGGACUACCAGGAGUGCAGCUCACGGAAGAAGAAGAAAAAGGGACUGGUGAUUUCGGAUGGAGACCUUUCCUUGAUUAUAUUGUAGUGUCCAAAGGAUAUCUUUUUCUAUCUUUAGCCAUACUAUCUCAGUUCGGUUUCGUGAUUUUCCAGGCUGCAGCUACUUAUUGGCUAGCAAUUGCCAUCCAAAUUCCUAAAAUAAGUAGUGGCUUGCUAAUUGGAGUUUAUACAGGAAUUUCAACACUUAGUGCUGUUUUGCAUCUUAGGUCUAUUUAUUCUUCUCAUUUGGGAAUAAAAGCUUCUAAGGCCUUCUUCUAUGGUUUCAUCAAUUCCAUUUUUAAAGCUCCCAUGCUUUUCUUUGACUCUACACCUGUUGGGAGGAUCUUGACCCGAGCUUCAUCAGAUUUAAGUAUUCUGGAUUUUGAUCUGCCUCUGUCCAUUGGAUUUGUAGCAGCUGGUAGUAUUGAACUUGUAGCGGCUAUUGGUGUCAUCGCCUUUGUCACUUGGGAAGUUCUCAUUGUAGCCAUUCUUGUAAUGAUAGCAGUAACAUACAUUCAGAGGUACUAUCUAGCUUCUGCUCGGGAACUAAUACGAAUCAAUGGAACGACAAAGGCUCCAGUUAUGAACUAUGCAGCUGAGACUUCUAUUGGGGUGGUCACUAUAAGAGCUUUUAACAUGGUGGACGGGUUCUUUAAGAACUACCUAAAGCUUGUUGACACAGAUGCUACACUUUUCUUCCUUUGUAAUGCAGCCACAGAAUGGCUGAUUCUACGGAUUGAGGCACUUCAGAAUAUGACGAUUUUCGCUUCCGUAUUUAUCCUCAUUCUACUUCCUAAAGGCUAUGUACCACCAGGACUUGCCGGGCUUUUUUCUUAUGCUUUUUCGAUAACGAGCACCCAAGUGUUCUGGUCAAGAUGGCAUUGCAACUUAUCAAACUACAUGAUUUCUGUUGAACGGAUAAAACAGUUUAUGUGCAUUCCAUCAGAGCCUCCAGCAACUAUAGACGACAAAAUGCCAUCACCAUCAUGGCCCUCUGCGGGGAGGAUUGAGUUGCAAGAGCUCAAAAUUAGAUAUCGUCCAAAUGCUCCAUUGGUUCUCAAAGGAAUCACCUGCACAUUCAAGGAAGGCACUAGGGUAGGAGUUGUAGGAAGGACCGGAAGUGGAAAAUCUACGCUAAUAGGUGCCUUGUUUCGUCUAGUUGAGCCUGCAGAGGGGAAAAUUUUCAUAGAUGGACUUGAUAUAUGCUCAAUUGUCCUGAAAGAUCUAAGGAUGAAACUUAGCAUUAUCCCUCAAGAGCCAACUCUAUUUAGGGGAAGUGUUCGAACCAACUUAGACCCUCUAGGCCUUUAUACAGAUGGAGAAAUAUGGAAGGCUUUGGAAAAAUGUCAGCUUAAGGCAACUAUCAGUAGCCUACCAAAUAAGCUAGAUUCAUCAGUCAGUGAUGAAGGUGAGAAUUGGAGUGUGGGACAACGAGAACUCUUUUGCCUUGGAAGAGUCCUGCUUAAGAGAAAGAGGAUUCUGGUAUUAGACGAAGCAACAGCUCCGAUUGACUCUGCGACGGAUGCUAUUUUGCAGCGAAUUAUCAGACAAGAGUUCUCAGAAUGCACAGUGAUAAAAGUGGCUCAUAGAGUUCCAACUGUAAUAGACAGUGACAUGGUCAUGGUCCUUUCCUAUGGGAAGUUGAUAGAGUAUGAUGAGCCUGCAAGACUAAUGGGAAUAGAGUCUGGUUUUUCAAAGCUUGUAGCUGAGCACUGGUCAAGUUGCAGAAAGGGUUCUUCCAAGCUUUUAGUAGCUAUCAAUGAUGUUAUAGUGAGAUUUCAAUAAACUACAGCAUGCUUUUGGAACAUCAAUUCAAUAAAU